UGGUUUUUGUUCAGCUUGUCAAGCUUUAAACUUUCAAAGAUAUAUAUCGAUGAUACUUUCGACAGUACAGUGUGAAUAUAUCCACAUUGGGUUUCUACCCGAAACACUAGUUUAUUUAACUUUCCAGUCAAAGUAUUGGUAAACAAUGGAGCGUGUAAAGAUAAAAUUAAUUUUUUUGAAUGGACGGGCAAUGACAUUUAAUGCUGAUGACUAUAUUAAACUUAGGACAGAAUAUAGAAUAAUUGGGAAAUUUAUUGGAGUUUCUGCACCUUAUCCUCGAAAUGUCAACUUGCAGAAUUUGCCAGCAUGUUACAGCGAUUAUGAGACUAGAUUAAUGAUUGACGAGGAUAUUGUUGAUAUUUAUCAGAAAGAUUUUGAGGAAGCACCAAGUGAAGAGAUGAAGGUAGCAUAUCAAGAUCAUCAAAAGGGAAUUCGUGAGGAAUUAAUGAAUGCACAUAUGAAAAAUAAGCUUGAAAUCACUAAGCAAAAUAUGCAGCAGAUAAUCAAGGGAAAGAGGAAGAAAAUGAUUAAAUCAGGCAUUGCUGAAAGCGAUAUUAACAUAACUGCGGAACAGAUUAUUAAGGAAGAGGAAAUGAGAUAUCGACAGACAUAUAAUCCACAAAAUCUUCAUUCACAAAUCCCUACUGAGCAUCCAUUUCAUCCAUCAAGAAGUAAAAAAAUUUACAGUUUUCCUGUAUCCAAUAAAGCAAAGUAUCAAGUGUUUUAUGAUCUCUGGAAGAAAGGCUUUUUUGUCACAAAUGCUGAAAAUUUUGGUGGAGAUUUUCUAACUUACAGCGGUGAUCCAAUAUACUUUCAUGCUACACAAAUUGUUCAUAUUAUCAACAGAGAAGAACUUUUGGAACCUCAUUUUCUCAUCAGCUGUGGUCGAUUAUCUGUGUCUGUGAAAAAGAAGUGCCUAUUUGCCUAUUUAAAUAAUGAUUCUGUCAUUUAUCAAACGCUCGAAUGGGACAAUCCAAAAAUUUUCGUAAAAAUUUACAGUGACAAAAUACAAGCGGAUCUUGGAAAGGCUGAACAGACAAUUUAUGCUGGAUUUGAUCCAACGAGUGACAGUCUUCAUGUAGGAAAUUUAUUAGUAUUACUUGGAUUAAUUCAUGCACAAAGAGGACAACAUCAACCGAUUGCAUUAAUUGGUGGUGCCACUGGAUUAAUUGGAGAUCCUAGUGGACGUAAUACGGAAAGGAAACUGCUGGAGAAUGAAAUUAUCAAGAAUAAUUUAAUAGGAAUUAAGAAACAGAUUAAUAGUAUAUUUGAUAAUCAUCAUACUUAUUUCUGGGAGAAGAAAUCAAAAAAAGAACAAUUAAAGGAACUGAUGAUUGUCAAUAAUGCUGAUUGGUAUGAAAACAUAAAUUUCGUAGACUUUAUAUCGAAAGUUGGUCGUCAUUUUCGUCUAGGUCAAAUGCUUUCUAGAACAUCUGUUCAAAGUCGCUUAGAAAAUGAGGAAGGAAUGUCAUUUACAGAAUUCACGUAUCAAGUAUUUCAAGCUUAUGACUGGCUUCAACUCUAUCAAAAAUAUAACUGCCGCUAUCAAAUGGGUGGCAUGGAUCAAAUGGGAAAUUUUAUGACUGGAUGUGAACUCAUUACUCGUGUAUUAAAGAAACAAGCUUUUGGACUGGCACUGCCAAUAAUUACGAAUGAAGAAGGUAACAAGUUUGGAAAAUCAGCUGGUAAUGCAGUAUGGCUUGAUUCAAAUAAAACAUCAGAAUUCUCAUUCUAUCAAUUUUUCUUGAGGCAACCUGAUAGUGAAGCUGAAAAGUUACUUAAACUAUUUUCUUUCCUGCCAACAAAUCAAGUAUUUGAUGUAAUUGAGAAGCAUAAAAGGAAUCCAGAAUUAAGAGAAGCACAAACAUUACUAGCUAAUCAGUUGACAUUACUUAUUCACGGUGAAAAUGGACUAAAGAAGGCACAAAAUGUCUCGAAUGCCUUAUAUAAUGGUGACAUUAAUGCUAUCGGUGAAAUGAAAAGUACAGAAGUCAAGGAAAUAUUCAGCGGUGCUCCAUACAAAGAAUUUCUCAUGGAAUCAGGAACAACUCUUAUGGAUUUAGCAUUAAAAGCUGAAUGUUUUAAGAACAAAAAUGAUGCACACCGAAUUAUAACGGCUGGUGGAUUUUAUAUCAACAUGAAAAGAAGCAUUAAUCCUCAAGAGAUAAUAGUGCCCAACAUACAUAUUCUCAACAAUGGCAUUUCUUUAAUUCGAGUAGGGAAGAGAAAUUACUAUAUUGUAAGAUGGUUGUAA